GUUGGCCAUGUUAAAUGCAGACAGGAUGCCUAUGAAGGUAAACUAGCUGACCAGUACUUCCAGAGAACUUUACUGAAGAAAGUCUGGAAAGGCUGGAGAUCCAUAGUACAGAAACAGUGGAAAGAUGUGGUAGAACGAGCUUGUCAAGCAAGAGCAGAAGAAGUUUGUGUCCAGAUUUCCAAUGAUUAUGAAACCAGAGUCGCUGUGUUAUCUGGAGCUUUGGAAAAUGCAAAAGCUGAGAUUCAAAGAAUGCAGCAAGAAAAAGAGCACUUUGAAGAUUCCAUGAAGAAAGCUUUCAUGAGGGGUGUGUGUGCAUUAAAUCUCGAAGCCAUGACUAUAUUUCAAAACAGAGGUGAUACAGGGAUGGACUUCACAAAUAAAAAAGAAGAGUAUGGCCCUGGCAUUCAAGGCAAAGAACAUUCUUCUCAGUCAGAUUCUCUGGCCCCUCAGAUGCCCUCAGUGGUUGCACUGCCACCAUCCCCGCCAGCAGCAGCCAUGGGAGCGGCCAGCGCCUCUGCUUUUACCUCCGCUGCCUCCAUCACUUCUGCUGGGGCCACUUCUGCUUCCUCUGCUCACCUUCCGGUUUCUGCAACUCUUGGCUCCGGGUCUACAGCUGCUGCUGCACCAGAAGAAAUGUAUGUGCCCAGAGUUGUGACAUCUGCACAACAGAAAGCUGGAAGAACAAUUACAGCUCGGAUCACAGGGAGAUGUGAUUUUGCCUCAAAAAACAGAGUUAGUAGCAGCUUAGCUAUAAUGGGAGUUUCUCCUCCCAUGAGCUCAGUUGUUGUGGAAAAACAUCAUCCAGUCACAGUGCAAACCAUUCCUCAAGCUGCUGCAGCAAAGUAUCCCCGGACAAUUCAUCCUGAAAGUAGUACUUCAGCUUCUAGAUCCCUCGGAACCAGGUCAACUCACACCCAAUCUCUCACAAGCAUCCAUUCCAUAAAAGUGGUUGACUAAAAUGAAUAUGCACAUAUUGAGAUCUUUUAAUUCUUCUGGUUUUACCGAGGAUUAGAAGUCUCUCAUUUUUAAAAUUUCAUAUUCUUAAAACAUCAUGGAUACAUCAUGUUCAUCUUUUCAAAAUUACAAGAGACUUUUUCAAGCCAUACCAUCCUUUGUAACUAUAUGUAGGAUUAUUUUAAUGUUAUUU